AUGAUCUCUGUGGAUUUAAAAGUAGGAAUGUUCUUUCUGUUCCAGAUGGUUAUUGGAAUACUGGGGAAUUUCUCACUUUUGUGUCGUUAUACAUCCCUUUAUUUCAGCGGAUGCAGGCUGAGACCCAUGGACUUGAUUCUCAGGCACCUGACUGUAGCCAACUCCUUGGUCAUUGUCUCCAGAGGAAUCCCAUUGACCAUGGCAGCUAUUGGCUUAAAACAUUUCACCAGUAGUUAUGGGUGCAAAAUUCUUUUAUAUGUUCACAGAGUAGCCAGGGGUGUGUCCAUUGCUACCACCUGCCUCUCGAGUGUCUUCCAGGUUAUCAUAAUCAACCCUAGGAACUCCAGGUGGGCCGUGAUUAAAACAAAAGCCACAAGGUACGCUGGAUCCUCUAAUAUCCUAUGCUGGGUCUUCCACAUGCUGGUGAAUAUCACUUUUCCUAUUUAUAUGACUGACAAACAGACCAGUGAAAACAUCACACAGAACAAAUAUUCAGCAUAUUGUCCUGCUCCACUUCAUGACAAAGUCAUAGGCUCAGUAUAUGCAGCACUGACAUCUUCCCACGAUGUUUCGUGUUUGGGACUUAUGACCUGGGCCAGCGGCUCCAUGGUUUUCAUCCUGUACAGGCACAAGCAGCAGGUCCAACACAUCCAUGGGACCCAUUUCUCCCCUAGAUCCUCCCCUGAGGCCAGAGCCACCCAAAGCAUCCUUGUCUUGGUGAGUACCUUUGUAUUAUUUUAUGCCCUUUCUUCUAUCAUUUAUGUUUACUUAGCUGUUUUUGAUAAUUCCAGUUGGUGGCUGGUGCGCAUCGCUGCACUAAUCACUGCAGGUUUUCCAACUAUUAGCCCCUUUGUUCUCAUGUGUCGUGAGCCCGGCUCAUCCAGGCUCUGCUUUGUCUGCUGUGGAAGAGACAUGUAA